AUGGUUGUUGAGAAUAAAACUGAUGUGUUUAGCUUCAUUCUCCUAGGUUUUUCCAGUGUUCCAAGACUCCAUCCACUACUUUUUACAAUUCUGUUUUUGGUCUAUAUUGUCAUUCUUUUGUCCAAUGGCCUCAUUGUUGCAAUUAUUAAUGCCAACAAGAGUCUUCAUACCCCUAUGUAUUUCUUUCUGGUACAUUUGUCUUGCUUGGAGAUUUGUUAUACCUCAGUCACUACGCCAAAGAUGCUUGAGAACUUGCUGGUGAAGCCAACCACCAUUUCAUUUAUGGGAUGUGCUGCACAGCUGUUCUUCUUCCUAUUUUUUGGGGUGUCCGAGUGCUUUCUCUUGGCAUCAAUGUCUUUUGACAGGUAUGUGGCAAUAUGUAGACCUUUGACUUACCACAUCAUCAUGAACAAGAAAUUUUGUCUAAAGUUGGUGAUUAUGUCAUGGUUCUGUGGGAGUGCCGUAGCACUAGGACAUACUACUUUGAUGUUCAACUUGCCGUUUUGUGGGAUUGCCAUAAACCACUUCUUUUGUGAGAUUCAACCACUCUUUGAAUUGGCCUGUGGAAAUACCUUUCUGUAUGAGAUUCAGGUUAUUGCUGUGGCUGUACUGGCAGUUAUGAUGCCGUUCUGGAUGAUCAUCCUCUCGUACAGUUGCAUCCUCAUCACCAUUGUCAAGAUGCCAUUAUCACACAACAGACAGAAAGCUUUCUCCACUUGUUCCUCACACCUCUUGGUAGUGACCCUUUUCUAUGGCACAGCAGGCUUCAUGUAUCUGAGGCCAAAAUCAAGCUACGUGCCCUCGAUUGACAAAUUGUUGUCUCUGUUCUAUGCUAUCGUGACUCCGUUGCUGAACCCUAUUAUUUACAGUCUCAGAAACAAGGAGCUCAAAGGAGCCCUGUGUAAACUCUGGAAGAAAUGUAUUUCCCAUUGA